UAUUAUCCGCCUCCCGAGCAAAAAAGAAAAAGAAGUGUAUUCUGUUAUGUAUAACUAUAACAGCAUCCUCAGUAAUUAAUUAACAAAACCCAUCUUCUUGAAGGAAAAAAAAAAGGCCGGUCGCAGUACUACUGAUUGGUAAGUUUGUAUCCUAAUCCCAUUCCAUGGCCAUGAUCACGAAUGCCUCUUUGCAGAUGAUGAAAUACAGGUUCUAGCCGGGGAAAUAACGCGGUGGCUUCGUCUACGGAUGAAGCCACCAAAGUGUAUGAAACCCAAGAUGGUACGGCCGUCCCCAGAGUUGUGGACAAAUGAAGUCUUGUACUUUUUAACGGGCAAUAACUUCACUCACCCAACUUAUUCUUUCUUCAUGAAGUCUGGAACUUUUUAUGCAGAAACUUCCUUCAUCAUGUCAAACCAGCCUACUGUUACUGUUCUGAGAGUCUGGUUCAGAUUUCUUCUAUUUGCAGUCUGUUUAGGGGCAUGGUUGGGUGGUUCCUGGGCUUUUACAGCUUCCUCUAAUGGACUAGUGAAAAUUGGUCUAAAGAAGCGGCGUUUAGACCUUUACAGCAUUAAUGCUGCAAAGAUCACUAGAGCUGAUACUUCCUAUGAUACGGGUAUUGGAGAUACUGAUGCUAGCUUCGAAAGGCCAAAAGCUGAUCUAGUAUACCUAAAGAAUUAUCUUGAUACCCAAUAUUAUGGAGAGGUUGCCAUUGGAUCACCACCACAGAGUUUCACUGUCGUCUUUGAUACUGGCAGCUCCAAUCUUUGGGUUCCAUCUUCAAAAUGCGUUUUGUCUGUUAGUCCUACAUUGAUUACUUGCUAUUUCCAUUCCAAGUUCAGAGCAAGGAUGUCCCGAACUUAUACCAAGAUUGGAAUACCUUGCAAAAUUCACUAUGGUUCUGGAUCCAUUUCUGGUUUCUUCGGCCAAGAUCAUGUCAAACUUGGGGAUGGUACCAUUAGAGAUCAGGAGUUUGUCGAGGUUACAAGACAAGGAUUUUUAGCAUUCUUAGGUACACAGUUUGAUGGGAUACUUGGGCUUGGUUUUCAGGAUAUUGCUGUCGGGCAAGCUGCACCACUGUGGUUUAAUAUGGUACAACAGGGUCAUGUCAGCCAGAAAAUUUUCUCUCUUUGGCUAAAUCGCGAUCCAACAGCAGGAUUGGGAGGUGAGAUUGUCUUUGGAGGUCUUGACUGGAGGCACUUCAGAGGUGACCAUACAUAUGUCCCAGUAACUGAAAGGGGUUACUGGCAGAUUGCGGUGGGAGAUAUAUUCAUUGCAAACAAUUCAACAGGACUGUGUGAACACGGAUGUGCUGCCAUUGUGGACUCAGGAACCUCCUUUCUUGCUGGUCCAACUACUAUUGUGACUCAAAUUAACCAUGCCAUUGGUGCGCAAGGAAUUGUGAGCUUAGAAUGUAAAACUGUCGUCUCUAACUAUGGAAAUUUGAUAUGGGAAACAUUAAUAUCUGGGUUACGGCCUGAAAUCAUAUGUGUGGAUAUUGGACUUUGUGUAUAUAAUAAUGGUUCUAGUAUUGAAACCUACAGGACUGUUCUGGAGACUUUGGUAGAUGAUCAAGUUGCGAAUAAAUCAACUGUUGAUGAGAGUGCCCUAUGUACUUUCUGUGAGAUGAUUGUUUUCUGGAUUCAAGUACAACUUAAACAACAGAAAGCAAAAGAAAAAAUAUUCAAAUAUGUGGAUGAGCUGUGCGAGAGGCUUCCAGAUCCAAUGGGAAAAUCAUUCCUUGAUUGCAAUGACAUCACGGGCAUGCCACAUGUUUCAUUCACCAUUGCAAAUAAAUCCUUUCCGCUGUCUCCAGAACAGUAUGUUGUUAGAGUGGAGCAGAAGUAUGCUACAAUCUGCCUGAGUGGUUUCACUGCAUUGGAUGUGCCUCCUCCACAAGGUCCCCUUUGGAUUCUUGGGGAUGUCUUCUUGGGAGCAUAUCACACUGUGUUUGACUUUGGUAAUCUUCGGGUGGGCUUUGCAAAAGCGGCCUGGUAGUCCACUUGAGUUUUUUUUGGCUCUAUUCUCCAUGUUUGAAACGAUUAUGAUGCAUACAUAGAUAAGCCUACUUUAUUAUUAUUAUUAUUA